AUGAGCAUCCUUUCAGGAAGGUUGACAGCUGCAAGAGGGCAUGCGCCGCUGGCCUGGUGGAAGCGCUGCCUUGCAGACCUAGCCAGCUCCCGGACGGAAGCCAGCGUGAAGAGAUAUGCAUGGCAGGUGAGUUCGUGUGGCCGGGUGAGGUCUUCGAAGGGUCUGGUGAGCUUCGGCUCCAUCCUUUCCUCCGGAUACCGUCGUGUGGCCAUUGAUGGGCGGUUCUACUACGUGCACCGGCUAGUGGCUGCAGGGUUCUUGCCGCUUCCAAACACUUGUCAGUGGCAGGUGAAUCACUUGGAUCGCGAUCCCUCCAACAACCAUGUGAGCAACCUUCAAUAUGUGUCGCCGGCAGAAAACAUUCAGCACACUUGGCAAACAAACCCUGCCAGGAAGGGACCGGGAAAGCCUGUCAUGUGGCGUAUUGUUGGGCAGGAUGUUUGGUUCACAUGUGCGACGCAAGCGCAGGCCGCCAGCCAGCUAGGCGUCUCUGCUUUGGCAGUUUCCCAAUGUUGCAGUGGCGUAAGCACAAGCAUUGAAACUAGUCGUGGCACACGUCAUGAAGUCAGAUGGGUAGAUUUACCUCAUAAGCAACGGCCUAUCUCUGCCGUUGGAGAACAAUGGCGAGAUGCCAAACAUCCGAACACACGGGAUCUCAUACCCGGCUGGAUGGUGAGCAGCUGUGGACGGGUGUGGAGCAGUCGCCGAGGUCAAAUCUCGCAGGGUAGCAGACAUGGCGCUGGGUAUUUUAAGUGUAAAGCACGAAGCCAAGAUUUGUUGAUCCACCGCAUAGUCGCGGCGAGUUUCCUUGAGGAGCCGGAUUCAAGUCUGGAGGUCAAUCACAAGGACGGUGACCCUGGAAACAACCACGUGGAGAACUUAGAGUACGUCACGCAUUCUGAGAACAUGAGGCAUUCGUAUUUGCGGAGGGCGCUUCCGCAUCGCCAACCUGGACAGUGCAAAACUGUGCAGGGUCGCAGGUUGAGUUUCGAGGGGCCAUGGCUUGACUUCGAGUCCGUGCAAGCAGCGGCUUUGCACGCAGGUGUUUCCAGUGCAAGCGUGUCCAAUAUUUGCCACGGCCGAAAGACGCGAUGCAAAGACUGGGAGUUUCGGUUUGUCCAUGAAGAGCCGCUCCCGGGUGAAGAGUGGCGAAAAGUCUGUCCUGCUGUUCUUGAGCGUGCUCGAACGGCAUCGGCUGUGACUGGUGAUGGAUGUGCGCUUUUGACGCUGAAGCCCCAGUCCCGUCCGACAGAGAAAUGCCCUGUGGUCGUAAGGUCGUAG